AUGCGCAGAGGCACGCGUCAACGUGGUUCCCCAGCCAUACCUCCCCAGAAUCCGCGGCGACACGAGUUGAAGCGUGUGUUUUCCAUCAAACACGUGGGCAGAUCCAGUUCCAGCGAUUCGGAACCAAUGCACGAGUACGAUCCGAGCGAGCAGGCGGAGAACCGUCGCAAGAGACGGUCGCUGUUCUACGACGAGCAGCGCGCGGCCACCAAGCUCUCGCAUCCACAGCACUUCGAUUUUGAUGCGCUGACCAUCCCGGAAAGUCCAACGACGACCACGCGCAGCCAGAAGUCGUCGGAGUCGGGUCCGGCCAAGAAGGCAUUGGCGAAGCUGAAGAACAUGUUCAAGGCGUGA